GCGGUCGCGGCCGCCGUGGCUGCGGCGCUGCGCGCGGCGUGGGCGCUGCUGGCGGGCGCCGGCUCCGAGGAGGACGCCGAGCUUGCGAUGCGUUGGCAGGUCAUGCAGCCCGAGACGCGCCAGCAGGUGCGCGGCGCUCCGCCACGCGGCGAAGCCCGCGCCAGGCGCAACGUCGGGGCGCACGUCGGCCUCGGCAAGGGCGUCGAUGCCCUGCGGCAGGCCAUGGCGCGGCCGCAGCACGCCCAGCGUGGCGGGCGCUGCGGGCCCCGAAAGAAGCAGGCGGCGUCCGAGGACCACAUCGUGGGCGACCCCGAGGCGCGCGAGAUGGAGGGCGACACCAGCGCGGGCAUCGGAGGGCCAGACAUGGACGAGUGCAAGGGCACCGACCAUGUCGUCGGCGCCCCCGAGGGCCAGGUCAACGACAAGGAGGGCGCGACGAAGGUCAUCUCGCAGGCGGGCGCGGCCUUGCGCGUCGGUUGCUUGGACGUGCACGGCGCCGAGAUGCAGGCGACCGACGGCCCCGUCGAGGUCGCCCCCCUCUCCGAGGACGCGGUGCGCGGCCAGACCGCCGCCGAGGAGGAGGUCGUGCGAGGCCGCCGCGGAGCGCCGCCGAGGGCAGCAAGUGUGUGCGCGGCAGCCCGUGGCAAGGGCGCAGCUGCGCCUCGCGCGGGGGCCCGUGCCAGCAGCGCAGACUUGCGCGCCUCCUGCGCCCGCGGUGGUGGCUCCCGAGGGUGGCGGUUCGACCUCGCGCAGGCGGCGCGGCUCGCCGGGCCCGCGGUGCCGCUGCCCCUCGCUUCGGGCCCUCGCUGGUGGAAGCAGGGCGUCGGCGAGGUCAGCGCGAAGGUGCACAAGGACCCCCUGAGACAGGGCCGCCUCAGCAGCACGGGCGCGGACGAGGAGGAGGAGUCGAUCGAGGCCCAGCGGCGGGCCCAGGUCAGCCGCGUGGAUGAGCUGGCCAAGAUGCUUGCCUUCCGAGCGCAGGAGCUGACCGCGGCGCUGCGCUGCGGAGCGGCGGGCGCCGUUGACGACGCAAAGGCGCGCCUGAGGGCGGCCGUGGACCAGCGUCCUCAGGCCGCGGCCCAAUGA